AGCUCUUCCCUGAUCCUUCUCAUCUAAGCAUACCCAAAAAAUGGACACCCCCCUAACAACAACAUCCAACGUCCUCUCUAUCCUAACCUUCCUCCUCGGCCUCCUCGCCUCCUACCUAACAUUCUAUACCCUCACCCUCUCCGCCUCCUCCGAGAUCCUAGCCUUCAAAUCGGACCUCGAAGCCACGAAAGCGACGCUAAAGAGCGUGUUAGAAUGCUGUGGGAGUGAGAGCUGUCUUGCGCCUGUGGAAAGAGACGGCGGGCUGAUGAGGGAGAUUGAGGUGCUGGAGAGGCUUGUGGGGGAGUUGGAGGAGGAUGAGGAUGAGGAAGAGGGUAUGGGUGGAGGUAGGGGAGGGAAGAAGAAGGGACGAUAUAUGGGAUGGAGACAGGUGUGGAGGAGGGUUAGGUGGGUGGGGAGGCGGAAGGAGAUGAGGAGGAGGAUGGAGCGGAUUGUGUGGUUGAAGAUGGAGGUUAGUGUUGGGGAGAUGGAUUUGCUGUUGAGGAAGAUGGUUGCUCAGGUGCAUGUUAUGACGGAGAGGUUUGAGAAGGGAGAUAAGGGGAAAGUUGAGCUGGAUGAUUUGAGUUGUUGAGGGUACGCAGUUCUCACUCUUUCUUCGAAUAAAAAAGACAAUCAUUUGAAAUGCUUGUGACUAAGCUAGGACUUGAUGUUGGGACAAUG